CUUCCGCCCCGAGCUGUUGGUUCGCCAAAGCGCAACCCAGCUCUUGGGAUUGGUCGACCGACUGCCAGUCUUGCCCAAGGUCCGCCUUUUGCCUUCUUCUACUUGGGGUGAAAUCUCCCAUUUCCUCCCUCAGCCAAACAGCAAAGAGAGCAAGAUGACUCAGCAGCUUAGUCUCUGAAACAGUGGCAGAUGUCCAGGUAAAGAUAGACCAUGGCCCUGAGAGCAUGUGGCUUGAUCAUCUUCCGAAGACGCCUCAUCCCCAAGGUGGACAACACUGCCAUUGAGUUUCUCCUGCUACAGGCAUCAGAUGGCAUUCAUCACUGGACUCCUCCCAAAGGCCAUGUGGAACCAGGAGAAAGUGACUUGGAAACAGCCCUUCGGGAGACCCAGGAGGAAGCAGGCAUAGAAGCAGGCCAGCUGACCAUCAUUGAGGGCUUCAGAAGGGAGCUCAAUUACGUGGCCAGAGAGAAGCCUAAAAUCGUCAUCUACUGGCUGGCGGAGGUAAAGGACUGCGAUGUGGAGGUCCGCCUCUCCCACGAGCACCAGGCCUACCGCUGGCUGGAGCUGGAGGAUGCCUGCCAGUUGGCCCAGUUUGAGGAGAUGAAGGCGGCACUCCAAGAAGGACACCAGUUUCUCUGCUCCACAGCGACCUGAACUGACCAGAGUUGGGCCUUUUGCCUCAGUAGGAUCCUUCAGGGCCUUCUGAGAUGAACUGCCUUCACUUCAUUUCACUUCCUUGGUCUUUGGCUCAUUAUAGCAGAGAGCAGAGAGGCUAGUAAAAUCAGCUGAGGACUCUCAGAGUAGAGCAAGCAAGAAUCUCUGCUAGGUGGGAAAGGAGGAGUUAAAAAAAAAAAAGCCCAGGUCCAGUGAGUGCCUCCUUAUACUUUAUGAAUAAACUUCAAGCAGCUUCUCUCUCCCUCUAA